AUGAAACACAUCGGAGUCUCUGGACAUGGACCUGCAUGGGUUCGGCUCGCAAGCCAUGUGGAAGGCAUUGCCAAGCAAUACCUGGACAAGGACAUCGACCUUCACAUUGAAGACGCGCUGUUCACAGAAUUGGCGACACCGGGGCCGAGUUCGAUCCUGGACGAAGAAGAGACUGCGAGAUGCCAUGUCGAGUCGCAGGCUAUGUUGAUGCAGUUUCGUCUGUUGGCCGAUGUACCGGUCAGUGAAUUGAAGCGGUAUAUUGAGGUGCUGGAGGCUGCCGUCGAGUCGCAGUAUAUGAUCGUUGUACCGGUCAGUGAAAUAAAACGACAUGUCAAGGUGCGUGAGGCUGCUGAGCGCAACGCUUUGCGACGGCAGCAGUGA